CACACAAUAAUUACACACACACACACAAACACACACACACGGAAAGGUCAUAGAGGAACCCCCUGCAGGUCAUUGACCUCUAGUGACCUGUACACCUCAUCAAAGAUGGCGGACCCAGUAGCUGUGGACGGAGAUCCGAAACUGGAGGAUCUGUCUCACCUGUCUGAUGAGGAAAGGUGGAGGAUCGAGCAUCAGCGCCUCCAUGAGAAGCACCGCGGGCACGAGGCGAUGCAUGCGGAGAUGGUGCUGAUACUGAUCGCUGUUCUACUGGUGGCACAGAUCCUACUGGUGCAGUGGAAACAGAGACAUGCCAGGUCUUAUAAUGUUGUUACGUUGUUUGGCCUGUGGACCAUCCCCCUGUACUUCACCCUCAAGCUGCUGUGGUGGCGCUUCUUCUCUACCUGGGUCAUCUUUUCUGCUGUCACCGGCUUUAUCAUCUACAAGGCCACCAGGAGACCCCUCUCCGGGAACACACCAAGACUGGUGUACAAAUGGUUCUACCUCCUGUACAAAGUUAGCUAUGGCCUGGGACUCCUGGGGUAUUUUGCUGUCAUGUUCACUUUUCUGGGUGUCAACCUCAUCUUCAUGAUCAAACCUGAAACCGCCAUGGAUUUUGGAGUGGUGACAAUAUUCUACGGACUGUACUACGGAGUUCUGGGGAGGGACUUUGCUGAAAUCUGUGCUGACAAGAUCGCUGCUACAAUAGGGUACUACUCCACCACAGGCAUGCCGACCCGUCACCUGGAACCUAACGUGUGCGCGGUGUGCGGACAGAAGAUUAUCAUUCACGAGGAGGAGGAUGGCAUCAUUGAAAAGACAUAUAGAUUAGGCUGCGACCAUCUAUUUCACGAAUUCUGCAUCCGAGGCUGGUGCAUUGUGGGGAAGAAACAGACCUGUCCGUACUGCAAGGAGAAGGUGGAUCUGAAGAGGAUGUUCUGCAACCCCUGGGAGCGUCCACAUGUACUGUACGGGCAGCUAUUGGACUGGCUACGUUACCUGGUUGCCUGGCAGCCUGUCAUCAUAGGGAUAGUGCAAGGCAUCAACUUUGUGCUUGGUUUAGAAUGAUGCGGAUUUAGCUACUAGUUAGAAUGGAACAGAAAUGGCAACUACAAGUAGAUCUGGGGUGAUAAAAGAUCUUUGUAAAGUAAACUGGUCUUUCAAAUCUUUUAAUAUCAAUAAAAAAACUGUCUCUGUGCCUUAGUAGCACAUGAACCACUGGACAUAUAUACUGUAAAUCCAUUUACUUUUGUGUUGGUUUUAUUUUACUUCCCUGCAAUGUUUUAAGUUCACAGUUGAAAUUAUUCCAUAGUAAAAAUUAUGGCAAUACAAUAUGGAAGUGCAUAAUGUUAUACGUUUUGUUAUGACUGUUCAUGGCAGAGAAGUCACCAUGAAAAUAAAAACACCACAAGGGUUCUAAGAUGUAGUGUUGUAUUUUAUAACGUAGCUAAUGUUGCUUCACAUGCCCCAACUCCCAAAGGUUAGACUGCUGUAUGGUUAUAGCCUGGUUUUGAUCCCUGUACCUGCUGGUAGUUAGCUUGAGUAUCAUCCUAGUUAGCUUGCUCCCGAUUAGUGGGAACUUUAUCAUACACUUACAGUGAAGUAGUGCUUUGUAUUGUUUUUCUUCUAAAAUUAUUAUCUAUUGAAAGAUAACACCCCCUAUUAGGCAGCUGAACAGGUAUUUCUUUUGGUGGGGGAGGGGGGUGAUUUGCAAUGUUCUUAGUCCAGUUUUGCUUACUGACACACAAGGUUGAGCAUGCCAGCUAAAGAGCCAUAGAUACAUGUAACUGGCAACCCAAAAGGUCUGUGUAGGAGGCUAAUGAGUUUGCUAUACACAGUAUGUACAGUUUGUUUUUAUUUUAAACUUAUAGGGCAGGCUUGGAGCCAAUUCAGGUGAAAUCCUUCUCUAAUUUUUAUAUAUUUUGUGCAAUGAGUAGGCUUCAGUCUUCCACUUUCUGGCAAAGCAUUUUCAUACAAUCUGUCCAACUUUAAAAUUGUCAGAAGCUGGAAAUAUGUCUAUAUUGUUCCUUAAGCUUACACACCCUUUCUACAAGAGGCUGUAACCACUGAGAGACCAAUUAUUUGACAGACCGCUCAAUAAACAAAGCUUGUCUGGUAU